CCACCAAGUGGUUCGUUCGGAAGGCCCAUUGAAAACGUGCUAACGGAUCUGUCAAGACUGGGUAGGCUACAACCGAUUCAAAUGACGCUUAUAAGUUAAUUCUGCCGGUUUAUUAACCCAUUGACAGAAACAGAUUCACAAAACUGUAAUCGGACGUUAACGUAGUUGGGAGUUGUCGGUAGGUGUUUUUACUAUUACGCUGUCAGUUUUUGGCCAAAUGUUAGGGACUUGCCCAUUUAAUGUUGCCUUUGAGGUGACUGGUGAGCUCAUCGGAAACAAAGACUAACUUAUUCAAGGCGGAGUAGGCUAGAAUUUGGAACAAGGCUAACAUUAGCCUACUUAGACAGUUUUCGGAAACUUUUGACACGUAUUAAUAUGUCUGGGAUUCAGCAUGCCUCCAAUCAGAGCAUCAAGGCGUUUAAAUCAAGUGAAGAGUAUCUAUAUGCAAUGAAAGAAGAUUUGGCAGAAUGGUUGAAAGACUUGUAUAACAUCGACAUUGACGUGAACAACAUCCUGGAAGUUCUGGAGACAGGGGCUAUCCUCUGCAAUCACGCAAAUAAUGUGACAAAGGUAGCAGAAGACUUUCUUCGGAUGUAUGGACGGAUUGCGGGAAUUCAGUUGCCAUCAUCUGGAGUUACAUGCAUUAGCUCCGCACAACCAUCAACUUUUCUCGCUCGAGACAACAUAUCUAAUUUCAUAAAUUGGUGUCGCAAACAGAUGGAUAUUCAAGAGGUCUUGAUGUUUGAGACAGAUGACCUUGUGCUGCGCAAGAAUGAAAAGAACUUCGUUCUUUGCUUGCUUGAAGUGGCACGGCGGGCAUCUCGCUUUGGGAUGGCGGCCCCGGUCCUUAUCCAACUGGAGCAGGAGAUUGAGGAAGAGAUUAGGGAGGAAAUGGACUUGCCCAUGGAGCAGACUCCUCUGCCCAAACCCCAGAGGCGUUUAGCUAACAUCCAGAAUCUUGAUGAGAUGGUCCGAGGCCUAAUAAGCCGAUGUACAUGUCCUACCCAGUUUCCCAUGAUCAAGGUUUCAGAGGGCAAAUACAAAGUGGGAGACUCAAACACCCUUAUAUUUGUACGGAUCUUGCGGAAUCAUGUGAUGGUGCGAGUGGGCGGGGGAUGGGACACCCUGGAGCAUUAUCUGGACAAGCAUGACCCUUGCCGCUGCACAUCUCUCAGCCACAAGCUGGCACAGCGCCCAGCCACCCCAGUGCAGCACGAGAUCAAAACCCGGUUGGGCCCGCGGUCGGACGGUGCGGUCGGAACACCAGCCACGCUGCUGCUCAGCCGGGCCCAGUCCCCACUGCAGCCCGUGGUCUGGAGCUCCCCUGGCGGCUCCACCCGAGGCCUGAGGCCCGCUCCUGGUUCUGCUCCUGCUCCGAGCCCCUCCCGCUCCCCUGACCCUGGACCGCGGCAGCCGAGAGGCACCUCCACUGGCAGAUCACGUGGAAGAGCGUCCACACCUGCCCGCAGACGCCUGUCGUCUGAAAGCAGAGAUGACUCCGGUCUCAACACGAGCACAAGGACGGGCCGAGAAGCUGUACGUGCGUCUCCGACGGCCAGACACACCAGCAGCUUGCCUCGCACGGCGUUGAGCCCUGCGGUCCACCGUGAGUCGCCACGGCCACUGACCCCCCAUGUUGUCGGCACCCCGAAGAACCCUGGUGUCCAGAAUAUCGCCGACGCCAGGCUAAACCAAACCCUCACCAAAUCUCAGUUUGUCACGAAGCUUCGUCAGAGCGCAGCCAGCAGUGACGUAAAACCUGGGGAUGGCCAAAACCCGUCAGACAGACAGAGAGCACCAGGGCCUGUGAGAGCUCACACACCUGCUCAACAUCCAGCCCCACACAGUAUUCCCUCCAUCAUCAAACACACUGUCACUGAAAACUGUCAUAACUCACAGAGGUCCUCCAGCAGUUACAGUUCAACUAAAGGACAGAGUGUCGCUACAGAUGGAUUGCCUCCAAGACCCUUCACACAAAUCAGAAAGAGCCUGCCUGCUAGUUUAGGAGACAAUUCUCUUCAAAAGAAACCUGUAUCUGAUGAGCAGAUGAGAGGCACACCAAACACUGUUGCACACAGAAACGGACAGCAUAGACAAAGUAUGGCAAAAGAGACUGGCUUAACACCUGCAACUACGGGGGAGGCUUUACUUAAUGACCAAAACAGCCAGCAGAGGUCAAAUAUACCUGACACCACACAUGUUCCGCACAUGAGCACUGGUGAGCCCCGUCCAGGUGGCCGUGGAGUGAUGGAGAGAAGCUGUCUCUUUACCCCACCACCUAUCACUGCUGACCAGGAGGCCAGCCUCUAUCAGAGCCUGGAGCAUGAGAUCCUCUCUAAUCUGCAGCAACUCGGAUUCAGUGUGGAUUCUGAUGACUGCAGCAGCAGCGGCGCGGCAGGGGAGAACACCAGUCAGCACUCCUCGUUGGGUCGACAGGCCACUGAAGAGUUUUCCCAGCACCCCUCCACAGGCUCAGCGUUCCCGGGUGACUCAUCGUCUCGCCUGCAGCAAGAAGAAGCGUCUCUCGUGUCCUCUUCCACGAUGCCUGGUGCCGGCUCGAAGGACCACAGCUUUGACGGUGUGAUCGACGAGCUCCGGCGCGGGAGGCAGCCCCUGGAGAAGGUGUCGGUGGAACGCUGGGUGAACAUGCUGCCCUUCGGUUCCCACGGGAGCCAGCCAGUGGCCGUCACCGCUGUCGCCGCCACCGCGGAGGUAGACUCGUCCCCUCCCAAGUCCAGCCAGUCCUGCGUCGCCGGCUCCUGGUCCUCCAUGGGCUCCAGUCUGGAAUCGAAGGAGAGGCCAGAGGUUGUGAGCGUGCCGGCCCUGACUCAGGCUAUGGACGCCGGCGAGGUCGCCAGGGACUCGGACAGACAGAGGCGACCCCGGUCGUCGUCCUUCAGGCAACAGAGGAGGUCACUGAAGAAACCAGAGAGGGUGCCGUCCAUUUACAAGCUCAAACUGAAGCCCCACAUACGUCCCAGACAAGACAAUCGGCCCGAUCGCAAGCCGUCAAAGAUCCCUAAACCCAUAUCCUUCCGGCGAAGCAGAGAAAAAGAGGAGGCAGGACUGGCCAAUGAUUGUACAGACAAUGGGCUAUCACCCGAGAACAACCACAGGGCCAGUGGCAGACCACUCAGAAACAGAUUGAUAGACCUCAACUCCAGGAGCAUCAGUCAGGUCUCUCCAUAUGAGGGCACGCAGUGUCCAGCAGAGGAGCUGGAAUCCUGGGUCUGAAUGUUUGCAUCUUUUUACAUUUGUAUCCAACACUCUUCAUUUUGUACUGAGAUAAAAAAAAAAAUCACUCAGGUGUGAUCCUGUCAACUGCUGAUGCUGAUGUUUUUGUAAUUGAGAAAGACACAAGUGAAGUAGAUACAUGCAGAACAAGCUGUAACACAUAAACAAUGUAAGCAAGGUAAAUGGAUUAUCUGCCAAUUUGCACAGGUUUAAUUUUCAUAUGCAGUGUCAUGCAAGAAAUGCCACCUCUCAGUAUCAUUGCUUGAUAUUUUUUUAAUUAUUCCCCCACACAAUGUAAUUGCUUUCCCCCCUCCUUUUUUCACAAAAAAACAACCCUCAGAAGAUUAUGAAAACAUAAAUACAGACUGUCUGGCACACUACUGCAUGGUGACAACAUUGCUAUGCUGGGUCUGCUUUCAUCAAGCCUCCCUUUCACCUGGUGAAGCAGCAUCAAAGCACAAGGGAAGAAGAGAGGAAGGGAAGGGAGGAUGAGAGACCUUAUUAGCGGUCACAGCCAGGCGCCAUGUGGCUCUCAGAGCACAGCCUCCACCAGGAAGGAAUCUGCUUUAGAGAGGCAGAAUAUCUCACCAUGCCCUGCCCUUUUUAUCUGAGCGUAUACUGGUUUGGGAAAUAAGAACUGUAAAUCUUUCUUUUUUUUCCUCCUCUACUCCUCAAACACAAUCACUUGUCAACAUAAUCACAGGGCCAGUUCUGUUUCAACAAAGGCCAAUAUGUCUCUGGUGGGUGGUGAUUACUCAGAAAAUGUAUGCCAUCUGUCUUUGACAGCAGACGCAUUUCUCUUUGAUGAUCAGUCAUCAUUAAAAUAAUGAUUACAGAUA